AUGCCUCGUGCCGUGAUCCGAGCCGCAGUCACGGGCAUCAAGCCACCAACGCCGGCGCGGACAGUGCGCAGCAGCUACAUAGCCAGACCCCAGCCCAUGCCUCGACACGGCGUCAAAGGGAUUACCUCUCGCCAAAGUCGCAAGGGCAUUCAUACACAGAUCGUGUCCAAAUCAACACUCACCAUCACAUCCACGACAGCCUCGGCAAUCUCAAUGGGCAAAGGAAAGGAAGUCAGCCGCCCACCCGCUGAAGGCCCCAGUCCGCCGCCAUACAGCGAGCGCGAUGCGCAGUCCGAGGCGCCACCAGCAUACGACGAAGCGCUGUCGGAGCAGGCCAUCCACACGCCAACGCAGUAUCCCCGGUUCCCCAGCGUCCUCAACCUCUACGGCUCGCGGUUCCGGUGGCUAUCCGCCGACCUCUGCGGGGACGAUGCCAGGCAGCGUCUCUUCCAGGUCGACUUUCACACCGGCGUCAUCGCAACGGGACCGCUCGGCCCUCGUCCCGGCAUCGUUUUGCGCAAGGGGCCCAGUAGCAAGGCGCCCGUCGCAGGGGCGGCGGGCUGGGCGUCGGCGUCGGCAGCCACGUCGUGCUCCUGCGCCCCCGACUCCAUCGUCGUCCUGCCCAACUGGGAUCCGGAUGUGAGCGCCAAUCUUGUCGAAGAGACGAUGCACGGCAUGACAACGUCCACGGGGGAUCUCCUUUUCUGCUUCAAGGUCGAGGCGGGCGAGAAGCAGGCGCGCCGGGAGUUUGCCUGGGUGAAGCUGGACGGCGGCGGGGGCGGCGAAUCGAGCACGAAGCAACACCGGUUCCGGCUGGUGCAACAAAGCCCAAGUCCCUGGGGAAAGGACGGCAAAGGCAGUGAUGGAAGCAGCAGCAGCAGCAGCAAGAUUGAACCUGGGACGCUGGCCAUGCUUUCGUUUUACCCGACGCCAGCACACACUCUGCACUACUUCCGGCUCGAGCUCACCGGCGUCGACCUCGGGCCGCGCUGGGCGCUCAUGACUGUCCUGACGGCGCUGAGGCUGUGGAUGCUGCGGGUCAAUCUCCAAAACGCACCAGGAGAGGCGCUCUUUGGCCCGAAGCGUCAUGCAACCAAAUCCGCACACUGA